AUGGGCAAGUUUAGAAUAGAGAUCCAUAACUUCUGCCAGAAAGAGACUGAAACUAUGUUUGAAGCAUGUGAGAGGUUUAAGGACUUUUGGGAUAGUUUGACACCGGCCUCACGAAGAAUAUUGAGCAAUGCAGUUGGAGGCCCGUUGAUGAAAAGGACUCCAGAGGAGACGACACUCACAAUUCUGGAUGAGUUGUCUGAAGAUGCAAAUCAGUGGCUCUUUGAGAGUGCUGAAAGAAGAAGCCCGAAUGGUGUUCACCAGGUUGAUGCUAACACAUCUGUGCAGGUACAACUUGAUUCCAUGGCCAAAGAAAUACGGAAUUUAACCUUAGCUUCUAUACAAUGUGAGCCUCAUGCAGCUUGUGAUAUAUGUGGAAGAAGACACCCUAUUCAUGAAUGUCAAGCCUCAACUGAGGAAGUGAAUGUUGUGGGAAACAAUAAUUUUAAUGCAAUGGGUCAGAGACACCCCGACUUUUCGUGGAGUUCAUCUGGGGACGCUCAUGGAGCAGCCAUCAAAGAACUGGGCGCUGGUUUUCGAAACCUAGAAAGAAAAGUUGGGCAGGUUGCAACUAUAUUGUCUGAGAGAAUCCUAGGUACUCUGCCCGCUGAUAUUAAAAGAAACCCCAAAGAAACAAUGAAUGUUUUGAAGAAUGAUGAUGAUAAGAAGAAGAAAGGCAAGAAGGGAGCUGACAAAAAGGAGGAAACUUCGAGAAGGAAGGAAUCUAAUGAAGAGAGCAAGCACAUGCCUGCUUUACCUUUUCCCCAAAAGCUAUAUAGAGAAAAGCUGGAUAAGCAGUUUGAGAAAUUUCUGGAUAUGCUGAAACAAGUUCAUGUGAACUUACCAUUCACGGAAGUACUCUCACAAAUGCCAGCUUAUGCCAAAUUCUUGAAGGAGAUCCUGACGAAGAAGAGGAAGAUAGAAGAGACCUCAGUGAUCAAGCUCACAGAGCAUUGCAGUGCAUUCUUGCGAAACAAACUCCCACAAAAGUGUGGAUAUCCAGGGAGUUUUACUAUAACCUGCUCUUUAGGCACUAUUAAUUUUGAUAAGGCUUUAUGUGAUUCGGGUGCCUCAAUUCAUCUAAUGUCAUUGUCUAUUUACAAGAAACUAGAGAAGGAGAUUGGAGAGAUAAGGUCAGCACCAAUAUCUUUGCAGUUGGCUGACCAAAUGACUUUGAUACCCGAGGGGAUAGUGGAAGAUGUCUUGGAAAACAAGGAGGUCCCCCUCAUCCUAGAAAGACCAUUUUUAUCAAUGGGUAGAGCUAUACUAGAUAUACACGAUAGAAAACCCAUGCUUAGAGUGGUUGAGGAGAUUGUGACUUUUGAGAUGAAUGUAGCAAUUGGAGUGAAAAAGGAGAAACCAACUGAAAGUGUUGAAAAGGUGAAGAACUCGAAAGAAAAAGCUGUAGUGAUUGAGAAAGAUAAGUGUGGGGUGUACCCCAAGAAGGUUGAAAAGAAGUUAUCUGCAUGGAUGUGUGCAUUGGUUCGGGCGCGUGGAAUGGAGCCCGACUUUGACUCAGACCCCAACUAG